UUCAGUCAGACCUGCUGAAACGCUGCUCUACUGCGGUCUGCCACAUUUCACAACUAUGAAAAAUCUACAUUUCAAGGAUUUCUUCUGGAACUCUGACCUGAUCUGCACUGGUGGCUAUGACACCAUCAUCCAGUAUCUCAAUGAUGGCAAGAGGACAUGCAAGGAGGUGGAGGAUUUCAUGAAAGCCAGGGCUUCAAUUGAAGAGAAAUAUGCUAAAGAUCUCCUUGGUUUGUCCAAGAAGGUGUGUGGACACAAUGAGAUGAACACAUUAAAAAGAUCCCUGGACGUGUUCAAAUUACAGAUGGAACAUGUGAGUCUAUCACAUUUACAACUGGCGCAGAGCAUGAGGGAAGAGGCCAAGAAACUGGAGGAAUUCAGAGAAAAACAAAAGGAAGUCAGGAAAAAGCUAGAACAACAGAUGGAUGCCCUCCACAAACAGAGGUCCACACACUUCAAGAAGACAAUGGAUUCAAAGAAGACGUAUGAACAGAAAUGCCGAGAUAAAGAAGAGGCGGAUCAGAACGUGAACCGAAACACCAACACCAACAACACCAAGCACAUUGAGAAGCUCUACUCAAAAGCACAGCAAGCAAAACAGAAUGCCGAAGAAGCAGACAAGUUGUACUAUCAGAAUGUGACUGCACUGGGAAAAGUUAGAGAUGAAUGGCUGAGGGAACAUGUCAAUGCCUGUGAGAUGUUUGAAAAACAGUCAGUGGAGCGUAUCAACUUUCUGAGAAACACAGUCUGGACUCACCUAAACCAACUUUCCCAGCAGUGUGUGACCAGUGAUGAGCUGUACGAGGAAGUGAGAAAAUCACUGGAACAGUGUCACACCCAGGAAGAUAUCGAACACUUUGUAAACCUCAGGCGGACCGGUGAUAAACCACCAGCUCCGGUUUUGUAUGAAAACUUCUACAACGGUCAGAGGUCUCCAACUGCUCCACCCUCUCGCCUGCCUCCACCAAUCAUCAGGAGGGGGGCAUUACCUGAUCCAACACACAACAGUCAGGAUGGCAUAGUCUACUCCACAGUGCAGGACGCAGGCUACAGCGUUAUCCACUACUAACACGCACAUGCUGGAGCAGUUACUGGACGUCAUGUGGAGUGUUGGAGCUUUGUGAUGGACAUGAAGUUUACUUACGUCUCAUUACUUCCUCCUUUGUGUUUUUCUGUAAAAACAUGGUCAUACCAUGUGGAAAAUGAAUGUCAUAAUUGUGUGCAUGCAUAGUUUAGAUAAGGUAUUUUGAGUGGUAUUUUGAGCAUAUGUCACUGUGUUAUAUACAGUGCAGUAACCAUCAUUAUUUUAUCUUAAGGUUCCUGUGUGUACUUUUAUAAUCAGAAGCUGAUAAGGUUAUAAAGAAACACAAGAAGCAGUGACAUCUAACUCAUUUCUGUAUAAACUUAACAGGAUAUAGAGCUUUCUGCAGAGCAGCAACUUAAUUUAUCUUCAGUUUAUUUUUGUAGUUUUGAGAUUUUAAAUAUGCACAUACUAAGGUAAUAUGUCAUCUGCUCACUGAUUCUCAUUUCCUCUUAUGUGUGAGAACGCAGUGUCAGCUGACAGCGGUCUCAUGAGCUGAACCUGAAGGCUCAUACAGACCUCUUACUUACUGUCUCUACAGUAUAUGGAUUAUUACAGACCCUGUUUUUCAUCAGUUUUCCAGUUAAAAUCCGGUACUUUGUCACUUAACCUGCAUCCUAACAUGUUGAACAAUAGAAUCAUUUCCAAUGUAAGAAAGUUAGAAGUUCAAUGCUCUGCAUUGACAUUCAAGUGACUGAAGUGUACAUAUGAUGAAGAUGCGCAAUAUUUUCUGGAUUCUGGAGGAGGAUUGUUUUUGCACUUUGAUGUAGCUUAAUUUAUGUUAAUAACACUUCAUUAGUGUUAUUGUUGUUGUACCGUUUGAAACUGCAGGAGUAAAGAGGGAUCAUCAUUUCA